AAGCUCUCUCCCUUUCACCAUUUCCCAUCCACUAUCAAUCAAUCAGGGUUUUAGAGCUUUUUCUCUCUCUGCGCCAUAAACACCGACUAUGGAGGCUCUUGCUAAAGUACACCACCGUCACCAACCACUUCUUUCACUCCAUCACCACCGUCCAUCAUUCUCGAGACCCAUUUCUUCUCUCUCCUUCAGAACUCCACCACCAUCAACAUGGUCGUCAUCAAUCAAAGCAUCAUCAUCAUUCUCUUCCCCUCUUCCUCCAAACCCUAAACCCCAAAUUCUUGAAACCCUAAGCCCUUCCCCUCUCUCUCUCCUCAAAACUACCUUUGUCGCCGCCGUGGCCACCACUGCCCUUUUCUUUGCCCGGUUCAAUGUUAAACCCGUCAUCGCCGCCCCCAUUUCACCCCCACCCGCCGUCCAAACCGCCACCAACGACACGGUUUCGGACCAAGCCAGAGAGAAAACGCUCGAAGAACACCUAACCUCUCGGCCGAACGACGUUGAAGCCCUUCGAAACCUAAUGGAGAUCAAGAUCAAGAACCGGAAGGUCCAAGAAGCGAUUAGCAUCAUCGAGCGAUUGAUCGAACUCGAACCCAACGACAACGAGUGGCCAUUGUUGAAGGCCCACAUGUACUGUUACAGCGGAGACCUUGAAUUGGCGAAAUUAGGAUUCAACGAUAUACUAUCAAAAGACCCCCUUCGCGUGGAGGCCUAUCAUGGACUGGUAAUGGUGGCGUCACAGGCCGAUUUGACCGACGAAUUGAAAGAGAUUGAGAAGCGGAUUGCGGAGGGAAUGGAGGUGUGUAAGAGGGAAAAGAAAAAGGAGGACUUGAGGGACUUUAAGCUUUUGAUUGCUCAAAUUCGGGUGAUUGAGGGCAGUUACAAUGAGGCAUUGAAGGUUUAUCAAGAGCUUGUGAAGGAAGAGCCGAGAGAUUUUCGGCCAUAUCUAUGUCAGGGGAUAAUAUAUACACUCUUGAGGAAGAAAGAUGAGGCAGAGGAGCAAUUUCAGAAAUAUAGGAGGCUUGUUCCUAAGGGGCAUCCAUAUGCAAGAUAUUUUGAUGAUAAUAUGAUCGCCACCAAGGUUUUUGCACAGAAAGUGGAAAAUGAGAGAGCGGGUUCGAAGAGCUGAGUGGAAUAGGUCACCCUUUUCCAUUUUCGGGCUGAAGAAUGGCUGGUUAAGGCAUGGUGUUGAGGGUCAGGUUCAGAAUCUUCCCCAAUCUAUCGAAUUGCACAGACUCUUCAAUGUUCUACAAUCCAUCAUUUCUCUCUUCAAUAUUCUACCAUCUACACACAAAUUGGAAACAUGCAACGCAGACGUUAUAUGUGGUCUUCCUCCCCGCUCGUGUAGCAGGGUGUGAUUUGAUCUUUUUAGUUCCUGUUGGAUUCUUUGAAAGUAGUAGUUGUUACUUUGAGAGUAGUUCAAAUCCAACCUGAUUAGAUCAAGUUUUAGUCUGUCUUUGUUGUCUGUCAGUAUGAAACUAUAAUCUCAAUUCUCAACAAUGUUAUAAGGUACGUAAUCCCAUAUAUGGUGAUUUUUUUCAAUGCUAUAUUGACCAUUAUAAACAAAUGUUGCAUUCAUACUUAUUUAAUAAAUAAUACAUCAAUUACUUGAUUUUUUUUCGGUUAAUAAA